UUGACAUUCCGGCCUCACCUUCGCCCGACUCUCCAUCUCUCUUACAUGCUGCUAGCCGACCGCCGCUUCCCCCGCCGGAAAUUCCAGGUUUCUGGGAUUCCUCUUCAUUUAGAUAAUCAAUAUGUACAAUAAUGUGGGAGCUCAGCCUGGGGGUCAAGAAACUUCUUUUCCUCAAGCUAUUCCAUUUGGUAAUGCAUUCUCUGGGGCAACUUCUGGGUUGAUUAGUAGCGGAUUGAGUGCAUACGGGGAGAAAAUAUUCGGUUCGAGUUCUGAGUAUGUGCAAAGCAAUAUAAGUAGGUAUUUUGCUGACCCCCAAUAUUAUUUCCAAGUGAAUGAUGACUAUGUGAGGAACAAGUUAAAGAUUGUUCUGGCUCCUUUUCUGCAUCGGGGACACUGGACAAGGAUAACUGAGCCUUUGGCAGGCAAAAUUUCCUACAAACCCCCAAUCUAUGACAUUAACGCACCAGAUCUGUACAUUCCUAUGAUGGCCUUUCUUUCCUACGUUGUGCUUGCUGGUUUUUCCCUGGGACUGAGUGGAAAGUUUAACCCAGAGACGGUGAAUUGGCUGCUUAUGAAAGGAUUGGUAGGCUGGAUUUUUCAGGUUGUAGGUCUCAAAGUGUCAUUAAUGUCACUCAGCAUUGGGGAAACACCAUUGUUAGAUAUUGUGGCAUACGCUGGUUAUGCAUUUACGGGUAUAUCUCUGGCGCUUUUUGGGAAACUAUUCUGGAGACAUUCUUAUUAUAUAGUGUUACUCCUGAGCUGCCUUAGCAUGGGAAUCUUCUUAGUGAAGACGAUGAAGAGAGUUUUGUAUGCAGAGGUGAGGAGUCACAACUCAGGCAAGCAUCAUGUUCUUUUGCUCUUUAUUACAUUAGCUCAGUUUCCGCUCUUCUUGUGGCUUGGCAACAUUACCAUCAACUGGAUAUUUUAGAGAACCCCAACCCCUCCCCCCCCCCCCCCAACAAAAAAAAUAAAUAAAUUAAUUAAAAAAAAUCCCUUUGCUUCCUGUAUAGGCGUAGGUGCAUACUAACUCCUUGUGAAGUCACGGAACUCAACAGGUACUAUAGGAGAGAUUUAUUCAUUGUCUGUAAAAUUUAAACUUUUAGCUUCUAAUGUCCUAACAUCGAUUUGAUUUGUGAUCCAUAUUAAAGUUAAAUAGUUACCUUUUUUUUUAAGGAA